AUGGCCUUCCCCACCCGCGUCAUAGGGCUAACCGCCGAUCCCAGCUUCCCGGACGAAAUGUAUGCCGCACUGGAAGUGGCCGGCGUCAUGCGUUCUACCGACGGCGGAGAUUCCUUGGAUGAUAUUACCGGCAGCCUGGCCCCCAGCGAGGACACACUGGACCUCCAUGGAGUGCAGUGCACCGCCGCAUCGCCCCGAACCGUAUUCAUAACCACGCGGGUAGGGCCCUUCAUCGGCCCGGAUCGGGGCAGCGAGUGGAUUCCAAUCGACUUUGGCAAAUUCUCGGAGAUAACCUACACCCGAGACCUGUACGCAGCGCCCCACGACCCCAACAUGCUCUUUGUGUCCAUCGGAGCCGCGGCCCGCAGCAGUCAGGGCGCCCUGUUCCGCAGGCGAGAUCUGUUCAAGACCUUUGAGCCCGUAGGCGCGGGUAUAUCCGCCAACAGCACUAUGAUGGCGGUUAGAAUAGAUCCGAGGGAACCGUCCCACGUAUUCUUUCUGCGCCGCUCGGCGACGAGGCCAUGUCUUUGGUCGAUAGAGAUGACGUUGCUGCAACUGACCAGCUGCCGGAGAAGGCGAAGGAAGUACGGGGGCUAG